AGAGCGCAGGUCCCUUCAUAAACCAGCCAUAACUGUUUAGUGGGCCAAAGUUUUCCCGACGAUUAAUUUUUUUCUUCACACGACGAGAACUCAGAUAAGCAAUGCGGUUUUAGCGCUGAUAGAUUUUCAGCCGGUUUAUGCAAAAGCGCCCCCCCCCCAGCUGGCAAACACAGGUAUUGACGGAAAAAAAAAACUACGCCCCAAAAUUCACAGACAGCUAAAAUCAGCAUCGGCCCCCUCGUCCGCACCCACAGUGCCGUUUUACACGUUUACAAAUUCCUUUAAAACCAACUCCCAGAUUGUCUGCAAAGAACGAAGGGGGCUGUCGCACUUUUCUGCUGGGCUGCCCGAAGUAAAGAAGUUGAUCCGAAGAAGAGCAGCUGAAGUUGACGCUUACUCUGCUUCCAACUCGUUGUUUUUCUUUUAAUUUCGUUAAAAGUUACCGAGAUGGCGGUGGAGUUGUUAGUAGUAGUUCUAAGUGUUUUGGUGGUGUGCGCAGUGUGCAGUCCGAGCCCCCUGGAAGACGUAGUCAUAGACCGUUAUUAUAUCCCCAAGGUCUGCCCCAGAGAGGUGCAAACGGGCGAUCACGUAAGAUAUCACUACAACGGCACCCUGACAGACGGGAAACAGUUUGAUUCCAGUCAUGAGCGCGGAACCCCUUUUAGCGGGCUGGUCGGAGUCGGUCGCUUGAUCACCGGCAUGGACCGGGGAAUCCAGGGCAUGUGCGUCAACGAGAGGAGAAAUAUCACCGUCCCCCCGCAUCUGGCGUAUGGCAGCUUGGGCGCAGGUAGUGUCAUUCCUCCGGACGCCGUCCUUGUCUUCGACGUGGUGCUGCUGGACAUCUGGAACAAGGAUGACCAGGUCCAGACCACCACUGUGUACAAACCUGAGGACUGCAAACGCACUGUCCAGAACUCGGACUUCGUCCGCUACCACUACAACGGGACCCUGCUCGACGGAACUCCCUUUGAGUCCAGCCACAGCAAGCAGCACACCUACGACACCUACGUGGGCGACGGCUGGCUGAUCAAAGGCAUGGAGGAGGGUCUGAUCGGCAUGUGCGUCGGGGAGAGGAGGAACAUUAUCAUCCCGCCAUUCCUGGGCUACGGAGAGACGGGACACGGUACUGAGAUUCCUCCUCAAGCCAGUCUCAUGUUUGAUGUUCUGCUGGUGGAUCUCCACAACCCCAAGGAUGACUUGACCAUUGAGAACCAGGUGAUCCCAGAUCUGUGCAAGCGCAAGUCCGUGACGGGAGACUACAUCCGAUACCACUACAACGGGACCCUGCUGGACGGAACCUUCUUCGACUCUAGCUAUUCUCGCAACAGCACCUACAACACGUACAUUGGGAUGGGCUUCGUGAUCCCUGGGAUGGACAAGGCUCUGCAGGGGGUGUGCAUUGGGGAGAAGAGGAGGAUCAUCAUACCCCCCCACAUGGCGUAUGGAGAGAGUGGAGCCGGUGAGAGCAUUCCUGGCUCCGCAGUGCUGGUCUUCGAUAUCCACGUGAUUGACUUCCACAACCCCAGCGACCCUGUGGAGAUCGUGAGCUCCAUCAAACCCGAGGAAUGCAACAAGACCACCCGCGCCAAUGACCUCAUCAAGUACCACUACAACUGCUCCUUGCUGGACGGCACACACCUCUUCUCCUCAAAUGAUAAUGAAAACCCUCAGGUCGUGGUUCUCGGAGCCAACAAAGUGAUUGACGGCUUGGAUGAGGGUCUGCAGGGAAUGUGCGUUGGAGAGAGACGGGUUGUCAUAGUGCCCCCUCACCUGGGCCAUGGGGAGGAUGGAGCCCGCGGAGUGCCUGGGAGUGCAGUCCUGCGCUUCGAGGUGGAGCUGGUGGAUUUUGAGGAGGGGGUCCCAGACGGGUACCUGUUCGUGUGGCUCAGCGACCUUGGUGAAAACCUCUUUGAAGAGAUGGACAUCAACAAAGAUGGAGCUGUUCCCUUGGAGGAGUUCACCACCUUUAUCAAGGGCCUUGUUGCGGAGGGCAAGGGUCGUCUGAAGCCAGGCCAGGACCCUGACCAGAUCAUCAAGGACAUGUUCAUUAACCAGGACCGCAACAAGGACGGCCACAUCGUUGCCGAAGAGCUCAAGCUGAAAGUGGACGAGGAUGCAGAGCGAGCAAGGCACGAGGAGCUGUGAACAGUAGAGACUGACAAGCCACGCUACAGCAAAGCAGAAAUACAGAGUGACACAUGAACCAGGUUUAUACAGGGAGAAAGAGGACCAGUCCUGGUAAUGGACGAAGGAGAGCAAAGUCAACGCCAUUGUGGUUCUUCACGUUUCCGUUUGAUUUUGCGUUUCUUCUAGAGUUACUGCUAGUAACGUUGUCGCUAAUAAUAUAUAUUUGUGCGUGUUUAGAUAGUCAGGAUUGAGGUUAAUUCCUGUUUUUUUUUUCAAUUUCAAUUCCAAUUCCUUUUUGAAGGAAUUGAUAUUUUUAGAGACAUUCGUAAUUGGUGUGUCGGUUCAACUGCUUUCAUCUGAAGUCAAUUUUUAAUUGACUAACAAACAGUGACUUUACUUUAAGUCAUUUUUUGCCACUGUGAGAAGCUCCUUUUAAAAGAAAACUGACAAUUUGCAAUUUUGAUUUAAUGUGUUGUAAUUGCUGAAAUGGGAAUCGGGGAUUGAUUUUAAAAAUGAAAUGGAAUUAUAAUUGAAAUCUGGAAUUCCCCCCCCUCCCUGGAUAUAGCUCUGCUCUUCUGUAUGAUAAUGCCCCUCCCUCUCGCUCUCUUAACAGAUUAAAGUAAAUCAGUCUCCUGUUCUGGAUUUCCAGUCACAUUCACACAUGCCCAAAUCUCUGCAUGAUUUUUGGUGUUGUUUAUAAGGUGUACUCUUUGUAAAUGUACAAUAAAGAAAAAAAAAAGUUUUUUUUAAAUGAA